AUGAGAACAGACGAGUCUGGGAGCAGCCAGAAGAUUCCAACAAUGCGAUUUGCUGAGGAGCCACCAACAGGAGAAGACAGGACCCCUCUGGGCCCCACAUCGGCUGCCUCAGAGACUGCUCCAAGCCAACAGGACGCAGCAAAGAAGAGUCAGAAGAAAAGGGUGUGCAUGGAAGGGAAGGCAGCUCCACAGAAUAGGAGCCCUCUGGCCUCCAGUUCUGCAUCUUCAGAGGUUGUCCCUGAGCAGAGAGCCAGGACAAUGAGAGGCCAGAAGAAGAGGAGAUGGACGGAUGUGAAGGCAGGGACCCAGGAGAGAAGUGCCCCGGCCUCCAAUUCCACCACCUCUGAAGCUCUCUCUGAGCUGAAGUCCUGGAAGAAGAGGGGGCAGAAGAACAUAUGGACUGUCAAUCAUGUUGAGGGGACAAAACUCAGGAUGAACAAGAGGAGAAGACCCAGUUACCGUCCUGAAGACCAAGAAGCAUUCUACCGACUUCUGGAGGAUCCUGUUAUCCAGAGCUUCUUGGAAGCUGACAUUUUCCUCAAAGUGUCUGAUAAGUACCUGCUUUCCAUGGUGGUGGAAUAUUUUGGCCGUGUCGGGCUGCCUGGACACCUCUACAACAGGAUCCACUUCUUCCUGGCCCUCUACAUUGCCUCCGACAUGGAGGAGGACAACCCCACAUCCAAACGGAGCAUCUUCCAGUUCCUGCUGGGCAGGGAGCACUGGCCGGAACUCUACAAGGAGUUCCUGAAGCUGAAGGUGGAGUUCUUCCAUGCAAUGGGGCACCGAGCCUGGGUCACCCCGGAGUUGUGUGAGGAGAUCCAGGCCCAGAACCCACAUCACUGGGUCUGGAGUCGGGCACGCCAGUGCGCCCCCUAG